AUGAACCGCGUCCAUGCUGACCACACCACAGCCGCGGCCUCCCAAAGCAACAAUUGGCCACCAAAGUCACCUCUCGAAGCUCUACUCAGCUCUCCCAAAGGACAAAGACGUUGGCAGGAACACAGAGACCGCAUCAGCCAAGAACGCGACCGUGACGUCUCACCUUCUCCUCGCAAACAACCACCCUCGUCCAGCAGAGCCCUACAGGACCUCAUGGCGAUGUCCGACGACAACAGUGAUGAUGACGAGGAAAUCCUCCAACUCCAACUCCAAGCCAUCCAAGCAAAGCUCAGGUUGAAGAAGCUUCAGAAACAAAAGUCGUCGCAAAACACAAACGAUGACGACUCGAGACCGAGUUCAGAAAACUCGUACUCACCACGAAAGAGACAGAGAACCCAUUCAGCAGCCUUCGACAAUGCCGUUCAAGUCAACGUAUCACCCAUCAAGAGCCACAUGCCGCCUCCUGCACCGCCUGGCCCGACAUCCCCAGCACGCGUCCUUCUGGGAAUCGACAAGGGCCUCAAAGCCUCGGACGUUUCUUUGAAAAGAGCUAGGAAUGGUAUAACCAAGAACUCAACCAGGACGACACUACCCGCAGAACCCGAACGACCAAAGCAAAGUUUCAGCGACCGCAUUGCUGCCAAUCGUCUAUCCGCCGAGCAACAACAAGCCAAACAAGAAAGAAUUGAGAGGUCCAGGUCGCAGGGCUUUGGACUUACCGCCCCAACAACCCCUCGUCCCACGCGAGAGACAACACAGUCGAGGCCGCAAUUGUCACGAACACAGAGUGAUAGAGCUACCAGACAACUACCCACCGAGAGCAGCACUAGCAGCUUCAGCCGUUCAAUACCUACUUCUUCAGCUUCACAAAGUCCCUUCGUGUCUCAACGUGCUACUCAACAGUCAUCAUCAUCGACCGAGGUCAGGGGCCGUUCAUUCCGUCCUACUGUAGGCUUUUCCCACGACGACACACCUACAUCCACCGAACCUGCGACAGACGGAUCCUGUUUCGAAAGCUUUUCAUCGCUCCAUCUCUCCAAAAGAAAACUGCCGCAUACAACUUUGGCGCGAGCGUUGGAUGGCAAGGAGAUCUACACUUUGCCUCGGUUGUUGAAGGAAAUCAAAGCGCCGACAUACGAGCCUCCAGACUGCGAGACUGACUUUGUCGUCCUAGCCGUCAUCGCUUCCAAAUCUACCCCCUACGAUACACGCCCGAAACACAAACAAAACUACUCUGUCGACGACGAGGACUCUGGUCCCACGAAAUUCAUGGUCAUGACGCUUACUGAUCUGAAGUGGGAGGUCGACUUGUUCCUCUUCGACACUGCCUUCGAGGCCUUCUGGAAAAUGACGCCUGGAACGGUCAUCGCUAUGCUCAAUCCCUCAAUCAUGCCUCCCAAAACCAACCAACAUUCGGGCAAAUUCAGCUUGAAGCUUGCUAGUUCCGAGGAUUCCGUCAUGGAGAUUGGCUCUGCACGAGACCUUGGCUUCUGCACAGCCUUAAAGAAGGACGGCCAAGAAUGCCGCUCUUGGGUCAACUCCCGCAAGAACAAAUUCUGCGACUUUCAUAUUGAGCUAGCGAUUAGCAAGACGCGAGCAUCAAGAAUGGAGGUCAACACCAUGUAUCGUCCUAAUAGCGAGUACAAGAAGAAUUCGCGUGUCCUGUCAGGCGGAUACCUUGAACGCCGAAAAGAACCUAUCAAGAAAGACUACGAGAGCAACGAGCGAUAUUUUAUGAUUCCAGGUUCUCGCACAACCGCUUCUCUCCUCGAUCAAGACGACUAUGGCAAAGCAGACGCGAUGCGUCGCCGCCUGAAGGACAAAGAGAAGGACCGCCUGCUUGCUGAGAAGCUGGGUCAGAUGGGCAAUGGCAUCGGAGCAGAGUACUUGAGGAGUACAACCGGUGCCUCCGCCAGAAACACAGCCUUUGAUAACACAAACGAGGACGCGCCCCCAUACAAACCUACCGCCGCCGAGCUUGGUUUAAUCAAUAAGAAUCCCUCUCAGGUUCGGCUCAGCCCAGCUAAAGACCGCCGAAAACUCUUUUCCGUUCUUCCUGGUGGCACGAAGACUACUGCUGCAGGCCCUGAGGCUAUGGGUUGGGGAGGCCAUGCAAGACGUGGCUUGGGUGAAACGUCUCGCAAACGCGAUACCAGUCUAGAAGAAGGACAGACCAAACUCAAUACGCAUAAACGACCCAGCUCCAUUGCUUCUUCCAUGGCUAGCGCUGGCGCUGGUCCUGGAGAGAAGAGCCCAAAGAAAGCCAGGUUCCAGCUUGCAAAAGGAAUCAGAGAGCCCGGGAGGGACAGUCUGGAUGCUAGGGUCGUCCUCGAUGAUAGCAGCGAUGAUCUGGAGAUCAUCUAG